AUGAUCCGGCUGGGCGGCUGGUGUGCGCUGCGGCCCCGCGGCGCGCCGGGCCCUGCGGAGCGGCGCCGGGCAUCGGGCGGGCCGGCGGGCCGGGGAGGCGGCCGCGCCCUGCGGGUGCUGGUGGACAUGGACGGCGUGCUGGCCGACUUCGAGGGCGGUUUCCUCAAGAAGUUCCGCGCUCGCUUCCCCGACCUGCCCUUCAUCGCGCUGGAGGACCGGCGCGGCUUCUGGGUGUCGGAGCAAUACGGCCUCCUGCGGCCGGGAUUGAGCGAGAAGGCCAUCAGCAUCUGGGAGACGAAGAAUUUCUUCUUUGAACUUGAGCCUCUGCCAGGGGCCGUGCAAGCUGUGAAGCAGAUGGCCAGCCUACAAAACACCGAUGUCUUCAUCUGCACAAGCCCCAUCAAGAUGUUCAAGUACUGUCCUUACGAGAAGUAUGCCUGGGUCGAGAAGCACUUCGGUCCCGACUUUCUGGAGCAGAUUGUGCUGACCAGGGACAAGACUGUGGUCUCCGCUGACAUCCUCAUAGACGACCGGCCGGACAUCACAGGGGCAGAGCCACACCCCACCUGGGAGCACGUUCUCUUCACGUCCUGCCACAACCAGCAUCUGCAGCUGCAGCCCCCCAGCCGCAGGCUGCUCUCGUGGGCAGACGACUGGAAGGCCAUUCUGGACAGCAAGCGGCCCCACUGAGCUGGACUACGCUUGGGGCUCCUCCACGGGGCCCUGAUCUCAGGGCUCCCAGCUCGGGGCCAGUGGGACCG